GGAAGCCGGAAGUUCAUCGGACCCGGGUCUGUCCGUCCGGGCGUUGCGGGAUUGGGGCCUGGGAACACUCGGCCCCGGGCAGCCGAGAAGCCCAGGACUGGGCUGAGCGGCGCGAUCCCAGCCCAGAGGCCUGCUGACUGCCCAGCGCCGGCCUCACCUGCAGCGUACCCGGAGCGUUGCUCUCCUCCACCGAACUGUGAGGCUCUGCGCGCUCCGCGGAGGUCGGCGGCAACCAGCAACAACUGCGGAGCGACGGCGGGCGGCCCCGGGCAUGUACGCCCCCGGAGGCGCAGGUCUGCCCGGCGGGCGCCGGCGGAGGAGCCCGGGAGGCAGCGCUCUGCCCAAGCAGCCGGAGCGUAGCCUGGCCUCGGCCCUGCCUGGCGCCCUGUCCAUCACGGCGCUGUGCACUGCCCUCGCCGAGCCCGCCUGGUUGCACAUCCACGGAGGCACCUGUUCCCGCCAGGAGCUGGGGGUCUCCGACGUGUUGGGCUAUGUGCACCCGGACCUGCUGAAAGAUUUCUGCAUGAAUCCCCAGACAGUGCUGCUCCUGAGGGUCAUCGCUGCCUUCUGCUUCCUAGGCAUUCUGUGUAGUCUCUCCGCUUUCCUUCUGGAUGUCUUUGGCCCCAAGCAUCCCGCCCUGAAGAUCACCCGUCGCUAUGCCUUCGCCCAUAUCCUCACUGUCCUGCAGUGUGCUACUGUCAUUGGCUUUUCUUAUUGGGCUUCUGAACUCAUCCUGGCCCAGCAGCAGCAGCAUAAGAAGUACCAUGGAUCCCAGGUCUAUGUCACCUUCGCUGUUAGCUUCUACCUGGUGGCAGGAGCUGGUGGAGCCUCAAUCCUGGCCACAGCAGCCAACCUCCUUCGCCACUACCCCACAGAGGAAGAGGAGCAGGCUCUGGAGCUGCUCUCUGAGAUGGAGGAGAACGAGCCCUACCCAGCGGAAUAUGAGGUCAUCAACCAGUUCCAGCCACCUCCUGCCUACACACCAUAAUGCCAGCCUUGGGCUCUCUUCCUUGGCAGCCCUUUCCCCAACUCUGCAACUCCUCUUGCACCCAGAGGAGCUCCUUUCCCCAGCAGGCCUCACUGGUUCCAUGUUCUCCAAACCUUCCCCAGGAGAGGAAGUUAUUCGAGUAUCCCUGCUCUCAGAACUGGGGGUCCACUGGUUUUCUAUAAUGCACUGUUUCCCUUCUGCCACAUCCUGCUCCCUUCACGUUCACGAGUCAUUAGCAGCCAGGGAAGGUCAUCCAAGUUUCCCCCAGGAUGGAUCUUUGGGACCGAGACUUUCCUUGGAGAGCUGCUGAGAGUGGACAGUCCCAGGAAGAAGUGUCAGAGGGCCCAAGGGAAAGGGGACUGUGGCUUGCAGGCUCACAUCACAGGGAUCAGUGUUUGUUUCACAGCUGUGGCUCUGGGCCGAUGCCCCCAGCCCUCUUCCUUCUCGGAGUGACCCACCCCCAGGCCAACUGCUCCGGGGAGUUCUGUGCACUUUACUCUUUGGACUUCUCCUCACUUAUGCCCUGGUUUUAUGGGGAGAGGGAAUUGCUGUUGGGAAGGCAGAACAGUUGCUACCCUCCCUGGCCUUGCUUUGUGUGACUGGAGCCCAGACAAGGAGAGCAGGAGUCAGCAUGAGACCGAGGCCUCCUGGUGCCUACCAAGGAUGAAAGUAAAGGGGACUACAUCUCCCAGCCCUUUCACCUUUUAAAUGUGAGUGGUUUUAAAAGGAAAAAAAAACAAAACCAGGCAACAGCAACACUAUUCUGUUUUUAAAAUAGGGACAAGACUGUUGUCACUUUUUAGAAAUGUAUCCCAUUCCUUUUGGCUCUGCAAUAUUUGGGCCGUAGCUUCUUCCAAGCCCAUGGUAGUCCCUCCCUGAGUCUCUCCCAGCAGAAUGCAGCCUCCCUUCCCUGGCCCCUUCCCUCCCAGCGACUAUCGCUCCCUGGGGCCUUCUUGUGGAACCCAGAGGGGCUAAGGACUGUGGCCUGGCUGGCGGGCCAGCGUGGUGCUCUUCAGGACUGCAGCACUGAGAUGGAACCUGGCCUCAGUUCAGGAACAGGGGCCACAACAGGGCAGAAACCCACCACCCUCCACAUAGGAAUACAACCAGUGGGGCUCCGUCACCUGAGGCAUCAGACCCACCUUGUCAGCCCAGCAGGCCGGGCUGUGUCCUUCAGACUCAAUGCUGCCCUAGACUCCAACCUGCCGCAUGCCCCUCUCCCUCUCUUGAAUGUACUCUGGCCUUGCAGUGUGCUGCUGGCACUUUCUCUCUCAGCCAUCACCCUGGCCACGCUGUUUGCUCUGGCUCUGGCUGAAUUUUCUGCCCUGAGCUCUGCGUAUAAAGUGGAUGAAACUUGAAAGACCUUCAGUGUAGAUCCAGAUGGCCAGCUGUCCUUGUUAAGUUACUUGCUUCUUGGAAAUGAACGUCCAUUGCUGAGCUGAAAAGGAAAUGGAUUCCAAUCUCCUCCAAUCUUUAAGGUAAUAGGCAGUUCAAGCAAGACUGGAGAAUGGACAACACUAUGAAGCUGUGGCUAGAAAGGGACUGUCAUGUCCCAUCCUUUGGCCAGAUUGACUGGGGAUGUCUGGACAGAUGCCUGCAUGGGUGAUGAGGGCCACAUCUGCACAUGAGCGGGUGGCUGCUUGCAGUUCACUGCUGUGAUGCCAGAGUGUCUUCAAAGGUGACUCUCCUGCUCUUCUGGACUCCGCUCUCAGGCAAGAAAGGCUGCUGGCUGCCUGCUGUGUGAUGUCUGACCAUAAAGCCAAGGAACUGAACUACAUCUUUCUGUAAAAUCCUGAGUUUGUUGUUGGCAGGUUUACAUGUGGCCAGCUAUCUCUGUCCAUGGGUGUCUGAGCAGGCAGACCAGAAGACCAGGCACCAGACAUGCAUGCCAAAGGGACUGGUCAUCUCCUGAGGACCUGUACAUGACCCUGUGGACCAUUCCAUGUGAUCCGAAACCCACUUUUUAUUCACUUCCCAUGCCUCUGGCCUUCCCCUUCUUUCUCUUUUCCUCUGUCAUCCUGACACUGAUAGUUUGUCAUAUAAAUUCUCCUGGUUGUAUUUUUUUUUUCUAGGAAAAAAAUUAAAAAGGAAAGCAAACAAAACCCAGAAACCACAAAUAAGAAUGGAAAUGCCAAUGGCCGCCUGUCAUUUCCUGUCAUUUUUCUGUCAUAAUUUUCCUGAUGCGGUUUGUUCCCUUUGUCUCAGAGAAGAAGGAGACAUUCAUGAGGUUCUAAUUUUUUUUUUUUUUUGAGACGGAGUCUCACUCUGUCAUCCAAGCUGGAGUGCAGUUGCUUGAUCUCAGCUCACUGCAACCUCUACCUCCUGGGUUCAAAUGAUGCUCCUGCCUCAGCCUCCUGAGUAGCUGGGAUUACAGGUGUGCACCACCAUUCCUGGCUAAUUUUUUUGAUAUUUUUAGUAGAGACAGGGGUUUCACCGUGUUGGUCAGGCUGGUCUUGAACUUGACCUCAGGUGAUUCAUCCCAAAGUGCUGGGAUUAUAAGCAUGAGCUGCUACGCCCAGCUAAGGCCCUAAUUUAAAAUAGUUAGAAGGGACUUGACGUGGGCCAGCUCUGUGUAUGGCAUUUUCACCCCCAGAGCUUCCUAAUCCUGAUUAUUUUCACACAGGAAGUUUCUAGGUCUUUCUGGAACAGCUAGAAACAGCUGACUCCUGACCAAGGUCCAGCCUUCAAACCCUGAGCUCUUCACGCUGCUUCCUCUGGUGGGCUACAGAAGAGAAAGUGGCUCUGGAACUCUAGCUAUCCUGUGGGAGAAAAUAGACUUCUUUGGGCUCUAGCUUGCACAACAAACUGCACUUUUUUCCCCCCUCUAUUUUUUUUUUUUUUUUUUUGAGGCAGAAUUUCAUUCUUGUUGCCCCAGCUGGAGUGCAAUGGCAUGAUCUCAGCUCACUGCAACCUCCACCUCACAGGUUCAAGCAGUUCUCCUGCCUCAGCCUAGUGAGUAGCUGGGAUUACAGGCAUGUGCCACCAUACCUGGCUACUUUUUUGUAUUUGUAGUAGAGACAGGGUUUCUCCAUGUUGGUCAGGCUGGUCUCAAAUUCCUGACCUCAGGUGAUCCACCUGCCUCUGCCUCCCAAAGUGCUGGGAUUUCAGGCCUGAGCCACCAUGCCCAGCCUUUCCUAUUUUUAAAUUUUAUUUAAUAAUUUGUGUGUUUUCCUCUCCUUUUAUUUUGUGUAUUUCACAUUUUCCAUCACUCCCUAGAAACUGCACUUUCUUUGAAAGCAUAGGCAAUGAAUCUUACUAGGAGAGGCAUGGGGGUGGAGAUAGUCUGGGAAUGUGACCUGUAAGCCUCCUGUAGGGCAGUGCCAGGCCUUGAUUGCCCCCAUUCCCUCAUUCCCUUCCUUCCCUCCCUCUCUUCCUUCCCUCUCUUUCUCCCGCCCUUCCUUCCUACCUACCUUCCUACCUUCUGCCUACAUGGUAAAAGAACUGAGAGCUCCCUUCAGGGAGUGGCCCAUUUAGGUGUCUUUUGUUAUUGCUAGGGAGAAUACACAUCUUUCUUGGAA